AUAAAAUGGGUGCUUCUGCUUCAACCCCUACUGCACCAGAGCCAUCAGCAGCUGUUCCAGACGCACCUCGAUCUACAGCAUCUCCACCUCCAGGAUGUCCAAUGCAUCAGAAAAAGACGGAAGAUUCAGGUUGUCCAAUGCAAAAAGCGGUUCCCCAGAAUGCUGAGAGCCAGAGCUGUUCAGGACCAGCUCAUCAAGAGCGAGCCUAUGAGUAUGUUCAGUGUCCAAUGAAAGCGGGCAGUAAAGAUGACAUUGAUCCCAGCAAUAUGAUGCCUCCUCCAAAUCAGACCCCAGCCCCAGAUCAGCCGUUCCAUCUGUCUUUGUCCCGAGAAGAAUCUAAAAUUCCCCGAGCUUACAGUGAUAAAAACUGGGUGUAUCCUUCAGAGCAGAUGUUCUGGAAUGCUAUGCUCCGGAAAGGGUGGAAAUGGAAGGAAGAGGAUAUUAAUAAUAAAGAUAUGAACAAUAUUAUAAAGAUUCACAAUCAAAACAAUGAGCAGGCCUGGUCUGAAAUCCUGAAAUGGGAAGCUCUCCAUGCAAAAGAAUGUCCCUGUGGUCCCAGUCUGGUCCGCUUUGGAGGUAAAGCAAAGGAGUAUUCACCAAGGGCACGAAUCAGAUCAUUGAUGGGCUACGAACUCCCCUUUGAUCGUCAUGACUGGAUCGUAGAUCGCUGUGGACAGGAAGUCCGAUAUGUCAUUGAUUACUAUGACGGAGGAGAAGUAGAUAAAAACUAUCAGUUUUCCAUUUUGGAUGUCCGCCCUGCGUUCGACUCCAUGACAGCAGUGUGGGACAGAAUGAAAGUGGCCUGGUGGCGCUGGACCUCUUAAUCUGUCAAGGAAUAAACCUCAUCUAUCACUGGACAAUCGUGUGAAAGAUGGAAAAAGAUGCAAUAUCGGCAGGGCUUUAUUGCAAACCCCGUACUUGCAGAUCUAUUAAAAAUUGCAGCAAAGUAUUUAAUACAAUGUAUAUAGGAUGGUGCAAUUUUUUAAACCAAAAAAAAUAAACAUUUGCAAAU